GGUGACAGCUGACAGUCACUAUUUCUGACGUGUAUCUUGUGUGUGUCAGUGUCAGCGUCGCAGCUUGCAGUGUUUUCGUUUAUCGGUUUCGAGCUGUUUUCUGACUUAAAAGUGCAUUCAGAGAUGCAUUCCGUGUUGCAGAGGGGCAACGCGAUCUUCGCGUACGCUCUCAGCGUGCUCGCAUGCCUUACUUUCGUGUGUUUCGCCUCCACCGUAUUCCUGAACUACCGCACUCAAGCGGACAUGCGAACGGUGAAUGUUGUUGUUAAAAACGUGCCAGACUACAGUGCCUCCAGGGAGAAGAACGACCUGGGUUUCCUCACCUUCGAUCUGCAGACGGAUCUCACCCAUUUGUUCAAUUGGAAUGUCAAACAACUGUUCCUCUAUUUAACAGCCGAAUACGAAACAGCCAACAACAAACUGAACCAAGUUGUACUUUGGGAUAAGAUCAUACUUCGCGGCGAAAACGCCGUUCUGGACUUCAAGAACGCCAACACCAAGUAUUACUUCUGGGACGAUGGCAACGGUCUGAAGGGUAACAAGAACAUUACGUUGACGCUGUCGUGGAACAUCAUCCCGAAUGCCGGCUUCCUUCCGAACAUCUUCGCGCACGGUUCGCACUCAUUCAAAUUCCCCGUAGAGUACACCACCUCGAGGAUGUGAUUGUAAUUUAUGUUUUUUCGUUUUUGAGAAAAGAAUAUAUUUUUUCUUUACACGUU